UCAUUUUCAGGCCCCGGUGGGAUCCAAGUUGCUGCCUGGUGUGUCCGGGGUCCCUGCGAGGCCACCAGGGUCACCCACGCGCUGGCGCAGGGCCACAGCCAGCGGCUGGGAUCGUGCGGGGGGAGGGGAGCCACGACUGGGACAGGCCACGCGCCCGCGUGUCCUCCCUGCCCCCGCGGGAGCCUCCAUCCCGUGCCGCCCUUGCAGGGACCUUGGAGGGGACCGUCUCCAGCCAUGAGCCAGCUGCGGGCCACCAAGAUGGGCCUGGCCGUGGGCACGGCCGUCUGCGUCUCCCUCUUCCUCUACCUACGGGCCCCCGAGGAGGCCGAGCGGGCGCCCCCGGCCCCCGACGUGGCCGACUGCGGCUUCUACCCCGACGAGCUGUGCGCGGCCCUGCUGGAGGGGAAGGCGGCGGCACCCCAGGUGGCGCGGUUCUGCCAGGGCCCGCCCGGGGCGGACGUGGCCGGGCACCUGUGGGGCUCGGGGAACUGCUCUCGGCUCGCGCGGGGGCUUCGCUUCAUCACGGCGGCCCUGUCGGCCGAGGAGGGCAACGCCUCCCUGGCCUACGUCAUUACGGCGCCACGCGAGCUGGCCGCGCUGGUGCGGCUGCUGCGGGCCGUGUACGCCCCACAGAACCUGUACUGCGUCCACGUGGGCGAGGAUGUGCCCGCCGAGCACCGGGCGGCCGUGCAGACCCUGGCCGGCUGCCUGGGCAACGUCUUCCUCUCGCCGGGCGGCGGGCGGGCGGCGCCCCCGGGCCUGGCGCGCCUGCAGGCCGAGCUGGGGUGCCUGCGCGCGCUGGCGGGCUCCAGGGUGGGCUGGAGCCACGCCCUCAACCUGUGUGCCGAGGACUUCCCGCUCCGGACCCACCGGGAGAUCACCCGCUACCUCCGCAGCCAGUGGGCCGACAGGAACAUCACGCCGGGGCCGCCCCCUGCCCAGAGCCACGAGGGCCAGGCCAGGGCGGCCCUGGGGGGCAGCGUCUACGUGACCCCCAACGUGGGCUUCUGGGCCGAGCCGCCCCCCAACCUGACCAUCUACUCCGGAAGCGCCAACUACGUGCUCACGAGGAAGUUCGUGGAGUUCGUGCUGACGGACCCCCGUGCCGGGGCCAUGCUGCAGUGGUCCAGGCACGUCCACAGCCCGGAACGCCACUACUGGGUGACGCUGAACCGCCUGAAAGAUGCUCCAGGCACGACGCCUGACGCUGGCUCGGGGGGGAACAUCCGAGCCAUGAAAUGGAAAGGCCAGGAGGGCCGUGGCCACGGCGGGUGCAAAGGCCGCUACGUCCAGGACAGCUGUGUGUACGGGCUGGGGGACCUGCCCUGGAUUGUCCAGUCACCUUCCCUGUUUGCCAGCAAGUUCGAGCCCUCGGAGGACCCCCUGGUGGUCACGUGCCUGGAGCGGUGGCUCAGGCGCCGCGUGCUGCGGGACGCCGAGGUGCCCCUGGAGCCCCACUGGGCCUUCCAGGCCCAGACUCACUUCAACUGGGACCUGAGCGGCUGAGCGGGCGGCCGGAGGCUGUCCUCGUGCCCCUUGGUGUCGCCUUCUUGGGGGCAUUUCACCCGGAGGAUGGGCACAGGAUCCCCGACACAGGCAUGUGCUCAAAUGCUCUUGGAAACGCUGGCACCGACUGGGCCACUUCCACGGCUGGAGUCUGAGAGGCGCCGGCAGCUGGCGAGCUGCUGCUGAGAUCAGGUUUCCACAGUACGCUCGGGUGCGAGCGAGAGGGAGAAUGGGCGAGCACUGGUCCCCUGAGCUUCUCAUUUCUUUCUGGGCGACACCCGGAGGUGCCGAGGCCUUACUCCUGACUCUGUGUUCAGGGCUCGGCUCCGAGGGCCACGGAUGGUGCCAGGGACGCAAGUCGGGUUGGUCAUGUGUAAGACAAAGGCCCGACGUGCUGUGCUAUCGCUCUAGUCCCCACCCGCGGGGGGAUUCACGGCGCCUCCCAGGGCCCGGAGCACUGCCAGGUGUGACCCCAAACCAAAAGGAGAAGGAAGGCAACGUGGAAGGCAGGACAGGGUAGGAGACGCAGCCCAAGCCGGGAGCCUGCGCUUUGCACGCGAGGCCCUGGCUGCGGCCCUAGUGAGACAUGCUUGAGACACACGGCAGACCCUCCCCCAAUAAACAUGAAGAUCACACUAACAUCCUUGCUUUGGUUUUUGGGGAGCCACACAAAUGGGCCAUGUGCGAGGCAGGCGCCCCACCCACUGUGCGCGCUCCAGCUCCCAGGGAAUAUCUUCAAAUUACUGGAAACGCAGCCUGGGUUGGUUUCAUUCCACUGUCCAUCCCUUCAGAUCACCCUAGGAAGUGUCUCCCUCCGUUCACAAAUCUGUCAGCUGACGUGUGGGCUGGAGCAUGGGGACAACGCCGGCCGCUCCCCGGGGACACGGAGGCACAGGCCAGCGGGCGGGCUGAAGGCUGGAGUGAGGCCACGCCGUGCCCUGGCCACUUCACCUGCACGAACAUGGACUCAGACGUGGCCAACCUCACACUGGCAGAAAUGAUUCCAUCAGAGCCUGGCUUCCCUCGGCUCCUCCUCCGUGCAACCCUCGGGCCUCAAGGGACCAGACUAACGCGCUGUCCCCGCCCUCCAGCAGGGGAGGCCCUGC